AUUUCUGAAGAAGAGAAUGGAUAUGCUAGAUACCUCUAUACCACGCAGUAUCAAAUGAGGGGCAUUGUUGCCGAGAUGGAAGCAAAAAGGGUCAAAAACAAAUCCAGACGGGAGUGACUGAGAUAGCUCACCAUUGACUUUUCUUCAUUGUCUGCUCUUGUUUUCGCAAUGCCAACUGAUUCUGUUGAAUUGAGCUGAACCCAUCUGGGGGUGACUCGAAUGUUGCGGCUGGUGGAGGAGUGAGAUUGGCGAAGAUGUUCAAGUCGGCGAGGUGGAGGAGUGAGAAGAACAGGAUCGAGGCUGAGUUCAAAUUGCGGUUCUGUGCCACUCAGAUACCGGAAUUUGGUGGGGAUUCGUUGAUGAUAUCUGUGGUUCCUGGUGAUGUGGGAAAGCCGACGCUGAGACUGGAAAAGGCCACAGUGCGAGGAGGAAAAUGUCGGUGGGAGAAUGCUGCUUAUGUAACAGUGGAGUUCGAUGCAGACCAAAAAACUGGAAAGUUCAUUGAGAAACUUUACCAUUUUCGAGUCUCCACGGGAUUGACCAGACCUGGUUUACUUGGUGAAGUUUCUAUUGAUUUUGCUAAAUAUGCUGAGGCCACUAAGCCUUUCUCUGCCUCUCUUCCCCUCCAGAAUUCGAAUUCUGCUGUUUUGCAUAUUUGGAUACAGAGGAUGCAGGAAGAUGGUGAUCAAAGAGAUUUGGAAGAAUUUGAAGGUUUACAAAGUAGAUCUCAACAUGAGAGCUUAAGCAGCUACUUGAACAAUGAGGAUAUAAACAAGAACAAUUACACUGAAGAUGGAUUAAGUGAUGAAGCUGAAAAGAACGGUGAAGUAAAUGGUGAGUUAUCAAGUUCCGAGAGCAGCUCUGGACUUGACAGUCCAAUAGAAAAUGGGAUUACGAACAACAUCCAUCACCAACCUAAUGGCUUCCUUUCACCAUUAAGCCACGCCCCGGUCUCUCGCAAAUCAACUACUCAUGAAGAGGAUCAGACAUUGGCAUGGAAGUGGUCGAUUCAAUCUGAUCAUAUCAUAACAACGGACGAUCUGCGGGCUGUCUUAGAAGAAAUGAGACAAGAACUGAAUUAUGAGAAAGAAUUGAAUGUCAAUCUCCGGUUACAGCUACAGAAGACGCAGGAAUCAAACACCGAGUUGAUAUUAGCAGUACAGGAUCUUGAGGAGAUACUGGACGAGAAGAACUGCGAAAUAUCAGAUAUUUAUACCGAGUUAAAUUCCAAGAAGGCUGAAUAUUCUGAUGCUUUAGAAGCAAUCAGGGAGCUUGAAUCCCAUGGCAGAAGUUUGGAGGAAGAACUUGAGAAGCAGGGGGGAGAUUUCGAAGCGGAGUUAGAGGCAAUGAUCCGUUCCAAGGUUGAGCAAGAGCAAAGGGCAAUCCGAGCUGAAGAAGCUUUGAGAAAAUUGAGGUCGAGAAAUGCUCGUACUGCAGAAAGGGUUCAGGAGGAAUUUGGAAGAGUGUCGAAGCAGAUGGUAUGUGCAUUUGAGGCAAAUGAGAAGGUGGCUAUGAAAGCGGUGGCGGAAGCGAGUGAGGUUCGGUCACAGAGAAGUCGCUUGGAGGAAGCUCUCCAGAAUGCAAAUGAAGAGAUACGGUCGGUGAGAGAGAGUUAUGAGGAAAAAUUGGAAACCAUGGAAAGUGAAGUGAAGGAUAUGCAGGAGAGAUAUUCAGAGAUAAGUCUUAGAUUUGCAGAGGUGGAAGGUGAAAGGCAGCGGCUUGUAAUGACUGUGCGCAACCUCAGGAAUGCGAACAGAAAUUAAGUCUUUUAUCUAACACAAUUCUACUUUAAUACCCAUAUAUAAUGUAUAGUUGAGGAGCUCAUUUCACCAAAGUCGGAAAGUCCAUAAAUUAAAUUGUGUAUUGUCGUUUUUGGGGUUUCCCUU